AUGGAGUCCUUCAUCAACCCAGAAAACAAGAAUGGGAUCAUGGAUGAAGAAAAAAUUCAAGAUUCUGUCUCAUCUUCCUCUAUAACUACUUUUGAAUCUUCAGAAUCUGAUUUAUUUGAAGAAGUAAACUCAUCUGAUAAGCAAGCAAAUGGCCCUUUUCAAGACAUGUCUUCUUUGCUUCAACAACUUCCCAUCAAGAGAGGGCUUUCUGAGCAUUACAAUGGCAAGUCACAAUCUUUUACUUCUUUAUCGAAAGUGAGGUGCUUAGAAGACCUUGCGAAACCGGAGAAUCCGUGUAAUAAGAAAAAGAAGCUAAAAUCGUGCAAAAGUGAUGGAGGAAUUUUAGAAGGGUACUACCGGUGUAGGCGGCCUUCUUCGAGAAGCAAGAUUGCUUCAAGAAUUAUUCCAAAGAAGAUAUCAAGAGGGUCUUGUGGGAGGAGGAAUUCCAGGCCUCCAAUGCCUCCACCCCAUAGUCAUAGAUCAUCUAGCUUUACAAAUCAAACCCCUUUGUUUACUUGA